AUGGCUUUCUUUCUAAUGUGGGUCAACCUACUUCUGCUUCAUUAUGGUGCAGGGUCAGCAGAAGAGGUACGGGCGCACCCGUUCACUGAUGUGACCCUCGACUGUGAGUUCUCCUUUAUAGAGAGCACAGAAAACCUUGAGUUUUACUGGGAAAGGGAAGACAUAAUAGAGGAAUAUGAAGUGGAAGACCGUGAAUUUUACCGCUUUUUCAAGUACUACGAUUUCUUUCAAGUGUACACGAAGGUGGUUUACCAGUUCUAUGACAAUGCAGAGCAACUUGAGGAACAGAAUGCCUUGUAUGAGGGAAGGGUCUCUGUGGAUCAGAACGAGAUUUCUGAGGGCAUCCUGUCCCUUCAGCUGCGGAACGUGGAUUUCAUGGAUGAAGCUGUGUACAAGUGCUCGGCUGUUGCCCCCAACGGCAGAGGCGAGAAUAAGGUCAAGCUUAUAGUGGAAGAUUCUGAAAUGCCGCAGGUGAAGUUUGACAAGAUUGACGAUGAGGAUGUGGUUACAUGCACAUCGAAGGGCUGGUACCUCACACCCAACGUGACCUGGUUAGACCGGGGAGAAAGGGACAUUAGCAACCACAGCACGGUGGAGGUCCUGGAGGAGCAGAUGAAUGGCUUGUACAGAGUCUACUCUGUCCUCAGAUAUCCAGUCAAGUUAAAUGAAAAAUAUGUCUGCCGUAUUAAAGAGACAAAUGAAAACAACCAGCCCAUCCGAUCCAUCCGGCGGUACCCUAGUAAGUGCAACUCUGAGGGAAAGAGUGAGAAUAGGCUACACUUUGUCACAUAG